CUUUCUUCCCGAAUACCGCACAUCGGCUUACACUCCUUCACAAUCAUCACACAACUCGCACAUCAUGGACGCCGAUCAACAAGACAAGAUCGCGCAGUUCAGCUCGGUCACAAGCGCAGACCCCAGCGUGGCACAAACUGCACUCGGCGCCGCCAAUUGGAACCUCGAGCAGGCUGUCGCUCUCUUCUUCGCCGCGAAUGAGAACGAUUCAGGCGAUGACAACGAUGACGAACCAACUGCCUCAACCACACCCGCCCAACCAGGACCCGCCGCGAGUUCCUCCUCCUCAGCCCGAAAGCCAGCAUCAAGUGGUCGCUCAAAGCAGAUGAAGACAUUGGCAGAUCUCGGUGGAGCUGAUGACGAAGAUGAGAAGGAUCCAGCGCAGGAUAUGUUUGCAGGUGGAGAGAAGAGUGGAUUGGCAGUACAGAACCCCGACCAGGCGGCUCGUCCGGCUGAUCACUUCCGCAAUAUCAUGAACCAAGCACGCAGCAACCGAGAGCGUCCAGAGGGUGAAGAUGGCGAUACAGAGGAAGAGCAGCCACGUUCAUCACACUUCGGAGGCCGUGCGCAGACACUGGGUGGAGACGACGUACCAAGCCAGGUUGUGCAGGAUCCUGCAGCGGCAGCUACCUCUUCUCGACCAAGGCAUCCUCGCGUCACCCGGACACUUCACCUCUGGGCGGACGGCGUGAGUAUAGACGAUGGCCCACUGCUCCGCUUCGACGACCCAGCAAACGAGCACAUCAUGCAAGAAAUCAACCAAGGUCGCGCUCCCAAAGCGCUACUCGACGUCCAGCCAGAUCAAGAAGUCGAUCUCAACCUAGAGCCCCACAAGGGAGAGAACUACGUCGCGCCGAAACCCAAGUACAAGCCCUUCGGCGGGCAAGGACAACGUCUAGGGUCGCCCACACCCGGUCUCGCUCCUCCUGCCACCGCGUCCGCACCGACCUCCUCCCACGCCACUACGAACGACUCCGCCGCCGCAGCCACGACCGCCGCUCCUCCCACCAUGCUCGUCGAUGACUCUCAGCCCACACUCCAACUCCAGAUCCGCCUGGGCGACGGUACCCGUCUCGUGUCGCGCUUCAACACCUCUCACACUAUCGGCGAUGUCUACGACUUUGUGAACCGUGCCGCACCGACUUCCCAGCAGCGGCCGUGGGCGCUCAUGACCACGUUCCCGUCCAAAGAGCUGGAAGACAAGUCGCAAGUGUUGGGAGAUAUUGGGGACUUCAAGAGAGGUGGAGUAGUGGUACAGAAGUGGAAGUGAGUGACAUGAGGGAAGUGGCGGACACUGGCAUGGAUUUCGGUGCCGUAAGACUUGAAAGGCGCGGUCACUUUGCAGCCGUGUUGCUCGACUGGCACAUUUGAUACGAAGGCAUAGAUCAAGAAUGCGCAUCAGGCAGGUAUGCGAGGGAGCCACCGAGGGCGGACUCGAGGGGAGAGGAGAUCAGGGUGGAAAGCCCACUCUCAAACGAGAGACACGAGAGACUAUUCUCAAAGCCAUAGCGAACGAAUG